GAACAACGCAGCGAUGGCCAAGAUUAAGGCUUGGGACCUGCGCAGCAAGAAGAAGGAGGAGCUGUUGAAACAACCGGACAAUCUGAAGGUGGAACUGUCCCAGCUUCGCGUCGCCAAAGUGACAGGCAGCGCCGCGUCCAAGCUCUCCAAGAUCCGAGUGGUACGCAAAUCCAUCGCCCAAGUUCUCACCGUCAUUAACCAGGCUCAGAAAGAAAACCGCAGGAAAUUCCACAAGGGUAAGAAGUACAAGCCCCUGGACCUGCGACCCAAGAAGACGGGAGCCAGGCGCGGCCGGCUCACCAAGCCGGAAGAGAAGCUGGAGACCAAGAAGCAGCAGCGGAAGGAGCAGCAGGAGGAGCGGCUGUGCCCACUGCGCAAGGAUGCAGUCAAGGCCUGA